CGCAUAUCCACACCAAACUGGCAUAAGCCGCCAUCCCGCAGCUCUGCAUCUUCCUGCUCUGCAAACCUCCCACCCUGAUGCACUCCACCUAGAAACCUCGUGGGAGUUUGCGCAUACCGCCAUCGGCGUCGUCCUAGCAUUUACUACCGCCGCCACGCUCGCUAAUCCGCCGUUUACAUCCUACAUGUGCACGCGAUAGUGUUUAUGUACCAGCUGAAGAGCGGCCAGAUGCACAGUUAGAGCUGCGCAUCAGGACCAGAAGCUUCAAUGUCCUACCCCGACCCCAACCACAAUCACCGUCGAAGCCAGACCCAUCAGUCCAUACCGCUGCAAGACCUCAACCGCCCGCCGGACGAAGAUGAUGCGUCCGCGCCGCACCAGCACCGCCGCACCCUGAGCGACCGAGGGCGCAACCUGCUCAGGCAGACUGGAUCGAUAGCAACGGGUCAGUACAGGAGCUCGCAGUAUGCGCCCAUAGCCGAAGUGUCGCCAAGCCCCACGCGGCGGCCUCAGCUGAAUACGAAUACGGCAGUUGGGCAUGGCGGGAUACGGAGGGUGGAAGAUGAUGGCAUAGACUCGCCCAUAGACGCAGGCGCCUUCCAGUCUGCUAUUGGGUUUGGCAUGGACAUGAACUUCCAGGGCGACACAUCACCCCCGCUCUCCCCUAUAAUACCUACACCUGGGUCGUCCGAGCAGUCCUACCACCCGUACAACCAAGACCUAUAUGCGCACAGGGGACCGUCUGAGGACCAUGGCUACUUUGCUUCUGUGGAUGUGGAUGAUGAUACUGCACGGCUGACAGAUGCACGCCAUCUGCAGCCCAUCAGCGGUGCUGCAGACAACAUAUCACCCGGAGCUGUGGAUCGCUCCAGUUUCCAGAGUGUGCAGUUCCUGAGUCCUGGUGGCACGUCGCCAGGAGCAAGAUUCAGUGGUGAUGUUGGGCAGGCGGAAAGUGCGACAGGUCUCAGUCCAUCGCGAAGCAGGAAUCGUUCGCUCUCUCCUGGACAUUUAGGGUCGCCGCUGCAUCGCGCCGGAACCAUCGUCCGGAACAUGUCUCAGCGUGUUGUCAACGUCACCAACGACUCAGAGGUAGCUGAGCGCCAUAUUCAGAGGAAGUCCACUCUGCAUCAAUCACGCAUGCAAAGACCUCCCUCCUUGACAGCGUUGCCUGAAUACAUGACUGAUGGCCCUUCGUCACCUGGGCCCACAACGCCGAUCGAGAAACCACCGACACCUAUCGUACAAUCUCGCAAGUCAAGUUUUCAAUGGCAAAAACCCUCAAAUCCAUUCCGCAGCAAGAGCUUGGGUAUCUUCCCUACCGACAGCACCCUGCGGAUGAAGUUGAGCGACGUUCUUGUGAACCCAAUUACUGAACCAACCCUGCUCGUCCUCAUUGUGGUGCAGACAGUGCUUCUGGCCGUCGACGCUAGGAACAAAGCGCAGUACGAACCCGGCCAUGUAAAAGAGUUGGGUAGGUUUUCGGCUAUCGACUGGGUCUUGCUUGGCCUGUUCAUCGUUUACACGAUCGAGGCCAUCAUUCGGAUAAUUGUGUCUGGCUUCAUCAUCAAUCCAGUCGAAUACAGCACUAUCAACAGACAGGUCGGACUGCGAGAGGCAGUGCUUACCAAAGCCAACCAGCUUUUUGGUGGACCUCAGCGACAGCCAUCGCAGAGAAGAGGUGGUACAAACACUGAAUCAAAUCUGGGCGGCCCUCAGCAACCGUCUGUGCUUCGAUCCUUCACGACUGCACAGAUGCACCCUGACAUUGGACCAAGCGACCCGCGUGAGCGACAACGUGCUCGAUUGGCGCAUCGAGCAUAUCUGAGACACUCCUUCAACCGGACGGAUUUUGUUGCUAUAGUUUCUUUCUGGAUUGCCAUACUUCUCGAUGCCCUCAACAUCAACAACACCCGGGUCAUCUUGGUAUUCCAAAUGCUUAGCUGCUUACGUAUCAUUCGCCUUUUGAAUCUUACAAGUGGUACCUCGGUCAUCUUGAGAAGUUUGAAGAAAGCUGCUCCUCUACUUUUGAAUGUGGCGUUCCUGAUCGGCUUCUUCUGGCUUCUGUUCUCGAUCGUUGGCGUGCAGAGUUUCAAGUCUAGUCUACGAAGAAACUGUGUAUGGACCGACCCGGAUGACCCAUCCCAGACCUUCACCAAUUCAGAUCAAUUUUGCGGUGGUCAGUUGAAGAAUGACUCCGGCAUACUUGUCCACGAGGGUUACCUAAAUGCGCAAGGAAUGCUGGCUGGUCCCGACAAGGGCAAGGGCUUCUUGUGUCCCGUAAACUCCAUAUGUAUCGAGGACAAUAACCCCUACAAUGGCACCCAAAGCUUCGACAACAUCCUACAAUCCCUGGAGCUGGUCUUUGUCAUCAUGUCAUCCAACACCUGGUCCGAUUUGCUCUACACUGUGUCAGAUACCGACUACCUUGUCAGCGCUCUCUUUUUCAUUGUGGGAAUCCUGAUUCUCAGUCUGUGGCUCAUAUCACUUCUGAUUGCGGUCAUCACCUCGACAUUCCAAAUCAUCCGCGAAGAGAGCAAGACCAGCGCUUUCACGGGCGAGCAGAUUAUUGAAGAGGACGCUGAGAAAGAGCAAGCGAACCAGCGCGUCAGCAGCCUGAAACGUAUGUACGACAAGACUUCUGGGGUAUGGGUUGUCGUCAUCGUUUUUGGCCUUGUUGCUCAGAUGAUGAAAAGCGCUUCCAUGAGCAACUUCCGGCAAAACUUCAUCGACGUAACCGAGAUCAUUAUUACGCUCAUACUACUUGCUGAGAUAUUGGUCCGGUUCAUUGUCGAUUUCAGGCAUUUCUUCAGAAGCAAGCGCAACGUCACUGAUCUGAUGAUUGCAAUCAUCACCACUGUCAUCCAAAUACCGGCGAUCAAACAUGCCCACGGCGGGAGAGCUUAUGCUUGGCUGAGUAUCUUUCAGAUCAUGCGAGUCUACCGUGUUGUCCUGGCUGUCCCUGUAACCCGGGAUCUCAUUAUGAUCGUGUUUGGCAAUGUCAGUGGUCUACUCAACCUGAUCGUUUUCGUGUUUCUCCUUACAUUCCUCGCGUCCAUCUUUGCUUCUCAGCUCUUUCGUGGCGAGAUACCUGAGUCAGCUGACGGCGAUACGAUUCGUGUAUCAUUCAACGACAUUUGGAAUUCGUUCAUUGGCAUGUACAUCAUUUUCUCCAGUGAAAACUGGACUGAGAUCAUGUACACCGUAACUGGCUACCAAAAGGCCUUCGGUACCGCUUGGAUCGGAGCGUCAUUCUGCAUCCUUUGGUUUAUCUUUGCCAACCUCAUUGUUUUGAACAUGUUUAUUGCUGUCAUUCAAGAGAACUUUGAUGUAUCAGAGGACGAAAAGCGUUUGCAACAGGUCAAAGCCUUCCUCCAACAGAAAGAGCAGGGUCUCAACUCUUCUUAUGGCAAUUUGUCGCUCUCAUCCAUCUUCAAGCUUGGCCACGCCAACCGCAGAGAUCCACUUGAUUAUGGUUCUGCCGCAGCUGAGAUGUUGCUCAAGGACGCUGUUGUUCGCGACUUCCUCGACGAAGGUGAUGAGGAUACGACACCCCGUGAGGAAGAACCUCGACCUGGGAUCCGCCCAGCAAAAACAAUCGUUGGCUCCGGCGCCAUGUCUACCAUAUGGCAACGGAUUUUGCGCAGGACCGUUCAUAGGGAGCCAAACCCUUUCUACGCCCCCCUCGACUACGGUCGCGCAUACGAGGACCUUGAUCCCAGAAAGAUGGCUAAGGAGGUAGUGUCCGCGACAGAAAGACGCAAAAAGGCGCAGCGGGAGUAUCUGCGCAACCACCCUAACUACAACGUCUCUCUGUUCAUCUUCGGACCUAGCAAUCCCAUCCGAAGGCUCUGUCAGCGUGUUGUAGGCCCUGGUCGUGGCGGUGACCGCAUAGAGGGGCUAGCACCGUCGGUUCCGAUCUGGUACGCAUUUUCGGCCUUCGUCUACGCUGCCAUCAUCGCCAUGGUUCUGCUUGCCUGCGUCACUACUCCCCUAUAUCAACGAGAGUACUUCACAAAGCACACGUUUAGUGUCAGAAAUUGGUUCGUCUGGACUGACAUGGGCUUUGCCAUCUUGUUCACCUUCGAAGCGCUCGUCAAGGUCAUCGCCGAUGGUUUCUUCUGGACGCCCAACGCUUACUUCCGUGGCUCGUGGGGCUUCAUCGACGGUAUCGUGUUGAUGACUUUGUGGGUCAACGUCGUUACGUCGCUGUUGAACGAAGGGCAGAUUACAAGGACUGUUGGUGCUUUUAAGGCUCUCAGGGCGCUCCGGUUGCUCAACGUCAGCGACAGUACUCGCGACCAUUUCCACUCGCUUAUAGUUCGGGGAUGGUGGAAGCUCUUCUCGGCUGCGUUUGUGUCCCUCAGCUUGUUGAUUCCAUUCGCCAUAUACGGACUGAACCUCUUCGUCGGACAAUUCCAAACGUGCAAUGACGGUGAAUUCGGCUCGACCAAUCUCAAAGAUUGUGUUGGAGAAUACAACAGCUCGCCGUUUGACUGGGAUGUCCUGGCACCACGCCAAGCUGCCAAUCCUUACUACGACUUCGACAACUUCGGGAAUUCACUGUUCAUUCUCUUCCAAAUUGUAUCACAGGAAGGCUGGACGGACGUGUUGUUCGCAAGCAUGGCCAUUACUGGGGUCAACACCCAGCCCGAGGACUUCUACCGGAGGGGCAACGGCGUAUUCUUUAUCAUCUUCAACUUGCUCGGUGCCGUCUUCGUCCUGACGCUCUUCAUCUCCGUUUUCAUGCGCAACUACACGGAGCAGACUGGAGUCGCGUUCCUUACCACCGAUCAACGUUCUUGGCUCGAGUUGCGCAAGCUACUUCGACAAGUGUCACCGUCAAAACGACCUUCAUCUACGAGGCAGCGCGAGUCUUGGGAAGAGUGGUGCUAUCGCCGAGCUGUCCGCAAGACAGGUAAUUGGCAACGCUUCAUCACUGGGGUACUCAUUCUACAUUUGAUUCUACUUUGCCUGGAAUGGUACCCAGGCUACGGAGAUUGGGAUCUUGCAAGAGAUUACAUCUUCCUCGCGUUGACCUGCGUGUUCAUUGCGAAUGUUGUUAUUCGUAUCCUCGGUCUCUCUUGGCACCGAUUCCGCAAGAGUUCUUGGGACGUAUUUUCGAUCUUUUCCGUCUCCGGCACGUUCGCCACUUCCAUUCUUAUCCUUGCUAGACGCGACGAGAGAGUGUUCGUUCAACUGCACAAGCUCUUCCUCGUAUCGAUCGCCCUCAUGCUCAUUCCUCGUAACAAUCAGCUCGAUCAGCUCUUCAAGACCGCAGCGGCGAGUUUGGCAGCUAUUGCCAACCUGCUCGCUACUUGGUUCGUCUUGUUCCUCGUAUAUUCCAUCGCGCUCACACAGACCUUUGGUCUUACUCGAUUCGGCGCAAACGAGACAGCCAACCAGAACUUCCGUACAGUACCCAAAGCCCUCAUCUUUCUGUUCUCAAUGAGUAUGGGUGAGGGCUGGAACGAGUUCAUGGAAGAUUUUGCCAAUGUCGACAAGCCCUACUGUACGGAGGGAGAAAGGUACUUCGAAAGCGACUGCGGUAGCCCUGAAUGGGCGCGAGCGCUGUUCAUCAGCUGGAACAUUCUCAGCAUGUACAUUUUCGUUAACUUGUUCGUCUCGUUGAUCUACGAGAGUUUCAGUUACGUGUACCAGCGGAGCAGCGGGCUGUCAGUCAUCAGCCGAGAGGAAGUCAGACGAUUCAAGCAAGCUUGGGCUGAGUUCGAUCCUAAUGGGACGGGCUACAUCUCAAGGGAUGUUUUCCCAAGACUUUUGGGUGAACUAUCUGGAAUCUUCGAGAUGCGCAUUUACGACGGUGAUUUCACCGUUGGCCGACUGAUCGAGGAGUGCGCAACAACAUCGCGUCGCGCAUCGAAUCUCAACCUGGGAGGCCGUGAACCUUCGCCUGAGAUUGAUCUUGACAAACUCAACCGCCGUCUCGCACAACUCCCGGUUCUUGAGAUCCGUCGCAGAAGGCAACGCAUGAAUACCUUUUACGAGGAGGUGCUUGUGUCAAGUGACCCAGACAGAGGCAUUCAGUUUACUUCGCUGCUUAUGAUUCUUGCUCACCACAAGGUCAUUAACGAUAACAAGAGCUUGAGGCUCGAGGAAUUCCUACGACGUAGAGCUCGCUUGCAGCGUGUGGAAGAAGCUGUCCGACGCAAUGUCGUCGUUGGCUUUUUCGACACUCUGUACUGGGCCCGUCGGUUCAGACGCGCGAUGGAGCAAAAGAAGCAGGGCCGCAUGGCAACAAUGCCAAUAUUCAACGUUCCCGAGAUCUUCAUUGACGAUGAAGACAUCACGGACGCACAGCGCGGACAGCAAUCACGAGCGGGAAGUCCACUCUUCUCACCUACGGAUCCGCACUUUGGGAACCGACUCUCGGGAGGCAGCGUCCGCUCAAUUCCCAGCUUGGACACCGCGGUGCGCAGCCGCUCGAAUUCGAUCCAGAUGACACCUACAGGCUCGCCGACUCGAGGCGGACCACUGUCACCAUCGUCACCGCGAGCAUCGCCAUUUUCGCCACCUCCGGAUGCCGAUUGGCAUUUCGCAUCGGCUCUUACCCUCAGUCGACCGCCUAGUCCGCUUGAGGAGCAACUUGCACCGACAGAUACCCGCAGCAGAGCGAACAGCGCAGUCAGUGCAGCCGAUGUUCUGGAAGUCCUGGACAGCUCUGCUUGGGGUGAGAGUAUCCGCAGAAGUUUCACGACACGACGACCUGGACAAUAA